AUGAUUGUGGUACAAUUUUCGGAGUAGUUUUUGGAACAAUUUUCCCAGUAACAGGCCUUAUACUUUUCUUAACAUUUUAUUGUCUUUGCAUCAAAUUGAAAAAAAAAAAGGAGAGAUCUAAUUUUAAAUGAUCUCAAAUUGGAAAAUGAUUCAACUCCAUAAAAUUUAAAAUAUGGUUUAGAAAUUCUACAAAAGGUGUAAUUGGGCAUUAAGUUAGUCAUCGAACCUUUGGCUUCAAUUACAAGCGUAAGAUUAGAAUGUGCAACUAAAUUACAACUAGAAGCUAGAUAAACAUUUUAUAGAAAUAAACUUGAAAAAAACAUGGUGUAUAUUAUAAUGGGCACGUUAAAUUCUAUUAGAAUGUUUGGAAAAUUUAUUUAAUAUAAUCAUAGAGAUGUAGAUAUGUACAAAGAUCGUGUUGCAAAUUAUCAAUUGUAGUGUUGGAAGGAACUUCUAAUAAUUUAUUGGAAGGCUUUAAAGGCAGAUGGUAUUUAACAGAUGUCAAAAAUUUCUUUGGAAUAUGGAGUUGGGGACCUCUGCCAUUAGAUUAAGUAUUGUGAUAAUCAGUAUUUCAUCGAAAUGCUUAAAUUUAAAUAUAUUAUUUUUUCAAACAUAAUGUUGGAUUGGUCAACAUUUUCUUAAAGUUUUUCAAAUGAAGAGAAAAAGAAUAAUAAAAUAAGAAUUAAAAGAGCACAGUUUAUUAAUAUUUAUAGUUCGGAAGCAUACGUUUUCACAUCAAAAGAGAGUAUUUUAUAUUACUGA